GUCCCAGUUGUGUUGGAAGCAGUUGGCUGUUUUCCGUUGUGCAUGAUCAGCUUCAGGCUGCUGCUGGAAACCCGAAAAAACUUGUUUCCGGUGGUGGAUUGACUCGUUUUUAGCUCAUUAACGUACACAGUACACUAAAAAAAAGUGACCAUCAUGGGUGACUCUGAAAAAACUUGGAUCCUGGAUUCACUGUUUGAAUUCCUCACCGGGGAAAUCUGGAACGUGCCCAUCAUGAUUUUCAUUGAAGGGAAAAGUGUCAUUUUCGAUCCUGAAGAGGAAAAUCAACAGGAAUUCAAGGCUGUGCACAACGAAUACCGCUACUUGGUGGAUGGACUUCUCAGUUGCUACAUGCAAGAACUGGAAAUUUCGAUCGAAGAUUUCCACAGUGCCUGCGAGCAAGUCACCAGUUCUCCGAUGCUCACUGGAAAAAUCAAACAGACAUUAUAUGAACAACUGUGGGCAGCUGACGACUACGAGGCCUUCAAGCGGAUGAUGGUAGAAAAGAACAUCAAUUUGCAGCUGCAAGCACUUGACGUUCUCCGCAAAAAAUUCGGCAUGGGCACGUUGGCAGUCGAGGUUUCUCCGGGAGACCAGGAAGUCCUCACCAAAGCCUCAGACUUGGCAGCUGAUGUGCAAAACGAGCCCAUGGCUAAAGCAUUGGCGUCCAGUGAUUACGAGGCCAAGCGUUUGGAAGCCCUGAAACCCGUCAAAGCCCCCAUUCGAGGGGUCGGAAUGCCCGAAGCUCCUCAACUCACAGCGUUUGAUGCCGUCGAAACCCCGUCU